GACCCCCGGAGUCGCAAACGAACAAACAAGUUUCGGGUCUAGAGGGGCCGGAAAUAUGAGGACGCUGAGCGGGCCCGCCCCUCAGCUUCCGGCACUGGUCCUCGGAGUCCCUUCUGCAAUCGUCCGUGCCUGGUCGGUAGGAUGGCGCUAGGCCGCUGCGGUUGGAGCACGGAGAACAGGGCGCUGCUCAACGUCCUCGCCACCCUCCGCCGUCCGUCCCCGCUGGCAGGGCAUGGGGGCGCCUUCCGCUCCGUACGCGUUCUUCGCGGCCAGUCAUCACCGAGACGUGGGCCUCCGCCGUCCUAGCCCUCCCGUCCUGUUCCACCGUGUCAGCUAGAGCGUCUCCUCCUCGUUUCCGGUCGCUCCGCAGCCUGGGGCGGGGCGUGGGAGGAGGGGGCGGCGCCUCGCCGGGAACUCCUGAGUUCAGGUUGUGCGGAGACGCCGGAAGCGUUGGGAGGGAGGCCGGAAGCCGGGGGGCGGGGCCAGGAAGUGAGGAGGGGCGGGGGUUUAUGAGCAGGCCAGGGGAGCGUUGGGGCAGAUUUGCACUCAGGUCCACCUGAGCGGCUUGUCGGUGGGGCUCCCCUCUGUCCCCUCCCCUCUGUGAGACACGGUGGUCGUCUGGGGGUAGGGGACUGUGUGUGGCGGGGUGGGCUGGUCGGAGGACAUUCCUUUGGCCUUGCCGCAGACAAGGUGCAGAGAGGUUGGGCUCGGGGUGGGGACGGGGCUUCGGGGCUUCGGGAAAGGGAGACCCCCCCCCCCCCCCCCCCCCCCCCCCCCCCCCCCCCCACUUCUACCCUGGCUGACUGGACACUAAGAUGGCUGCCGUUGCCAUGACACCCAACCCUGUGCAGACCCUUCAGGAGGAGGCGGUGUGCGCCAUCUGCCUCGAUUACUUCACGGACCCGGUGUCCAUCGGCUGCGGGCACAACUUCUGCCGAGUGUGUGUAACCCAGUUGUGGGGCGGGGAGGAUGAGGAAGACAGAGAUGAGUUGGAUCGGGAGGAGGAGGAGGAGGAGGUCGGAGAGGAGGAAGAAGUGGAAGCUGUCGGGGCUGGCGGGGGCUGGGACACCCCUAUGCGGGAAGAAGAUUAUGAGGGUGACAUGGAGGAGGAGGCCGAGGAGGAAGAGGAAGUGUUCUGGAGUAGUGGUAUAGGUGGGUCUAACUGGGACAACAUGGACUAUGUGUGGGAGGAGGAGGAGGAGGAGGAGGAGGAACUGGACUAUUACUUGGGGGAUGUGGCGGACCUGAGAGGGGAAGAUGAGGACGAGGAGGAGGAAGUGCUGGAGGAAGACGAGGAAGAGGAGCUAGACCCGAUCACCCAACUGCCGCCACCUCCAGCCCCUCGGAGAUGCUUCACUUGUCCCCAGUGUCGAAAAAGUUUUCCUCGGCGGAGCUUCCGCCCCAACCUGCAGUUGGCCAACAUGGUCCAGGUGAUCCGUCAGAUGCACCCAACUCCUGGGCGAGGGAGCCGUGUGAAUGAACAAGGCAUCUGUCCAAGACACCAAGAAGCCCUGAAGCUGUUCUGUGAGGUGGAUGAAGAAGCCAUCUGUGUGGUGUGCCGCGAAUCCAGGAGCCACAAACAGCAUAGUGUGGUGCCAUUGGAGGAGGUAGUGCAGGAGUACAAGGCCAAGCUACAAGGGCAUGUGGAACCACUUAGGAAGCAUCUAGAGGCUGUGCAGAAGAUGAAGGCCAAGGAGGAGAGGCGAGUGACAGAGCUGAAGAGCCAGAUGAAGUCAGAGCUGGCAGCUGUAGCCUCAGAGUUUGGGCGGCUAACACGGUUUCUGGCUGAAGAGCAGGCAGGAUUAGAGCGGCGCCUCCGGGAGAUGCACGAAGCUCAGUUAGGACGUGCGGGAGCAGCAGCCAACCGUCUAGAAGAGCAGGCUGCCCAGCUGAGCCGCUUGCUUGCUGAAGCCCAAGAACGGAGCCAACAGGGGGGCCUGCGGCUACUGCAAGACAUCAAGGAGACUUUCAAUAGGUGUGAAGAGAUACAGUUGCAGCCCCCAGAGAUUUGGUCCCCUGACCCAUGCCAACCCCAUAGCCACGACUUCCUGACAGACGCCAUCGUGAGGAAAAUGAGCCGCAUGUUUUGUCAGGCUGCAAGAGUGGACCUGACACUGGACCCUGACACAGCUCACCCAGCUCUGCUGCUGUCCCCUGAUCGCCGUGGAGUCCGCUUGGCAGAACGUCGGCAGGAGGUUCCUGAACAUUCCAAGCGCUUCUCAGCUGACUGCUGUGUACUAGGGGCCCAGGGCUUCCGCUCUGGCCGGCACUACUGGGAGGUAGAGGUGGGUGGGCGGCGAGGCUGGGCAGUGGGUGCUGCACGUGAAUCAACCCAUCAUAAAGAAAAAGUGGGCUCUGGGGGGUCCUCUGUUAGCAGUGGGGAUGCCAGCUCCUCACGCCAUCAUCAUCGCCGCCGCCGGCUCCAUCUGCCUCAGCAGCUCCUACUCCAGCGCGAAGUGUGGUGUGUGGGCACCCACGGCAAACGAUACCAGGCACAGAGCUCAACAGAGCAGACACUGCUCAGCCCAUGUGAGAAACCACGGCGCUUUGGCGUAUACCUGGACUAUGAGGCUGGGCGCCUGGGCUUCUACAAUGCGGAUACCUUAGCCCAUGUGCACACCUUCUCAGCUGCCUUCCUUGGCGAGCGUGUUUUCCCUUUCUUCCGGGUACUUUCCAAGGGUACCCGAAUCAAGCUCUGCCCUUGAUCAGCCUGCCACCCGCAGGGGCCCCUCUGGUUACCACUGGGGGGGCGGGUGGUGGUGGAUGGUUGCCCACUGUUUGGGAGCCUAGAUACCUCCCACUGUUUGUUACUGAAUUGCUUCCUGCUCCCUCUUGAACCCAGGCUGCUUCUCCCUCUAGGAGUCAAAAAGCCCUCCUAGACUCCUCCAGCUCAGUCUUUUCUCACCUACUUUGUCUGACAGGUCUGCAUGGGUCCCUGAUAACGAACAGCUGCCUGAUGACCUCCCCUCCUGCCUAGCUCAGUCCAGCUCUGGGUCCCACUUUUUCGAGUAGGGGAAUGUGUGGAGAUUCCUCAACUUUCCUUUUUCACCCCCCCACCCCUCAACCUUUGUCAUUUCUCUGGAGGGUUUGGACAAGGCACUCCAUGUUUUGGUGCAAGCUUCAGCUAAGAGCUUUAGGAGCUGUCUAGGCAAUCAGGCUGGGCAAAAGGGUAGAGCUGUGUAAAAGUCUACUUUUUCUUGGGGAAGUAGGAACACUAAAGCUUUCCUUCCACCCCCCAAUUUCUACCUCCAUAGACUGGCCAGAAUUUAGCUUCAGUGAGAUCUGAGAUGGUCAGCAUGACAUCACAUACCCAAUAAAUUAUUUUCUCUCUGCAUCUUAUGUAGGAGCCUAAGUCUCUGUCAGGCUCUUAUUCAGAAGUUUCUGGCCUUUCCAUGCCUUUUAUUUCCACUUGGUAAGCCCUGUUAGGGAGCUUGAGACAAGGGUCUGGAUCCUUGGGAGACCACUGGGUAUAAUCUAUUUUUCUAGUAACCCCUUGCCUUCUGACAUUAAACAGCUUUUGUCCUCUGCUUUGGUGGCUGAGGUCAACUCAUGUUCUUGGGGAAAGAUGGGUUGUGUUGCAAAAAUAAAAAAAAGUGUUUAUUUGCUU